AUGGCGGAAGCAGCGCAGCGGGUGCUCAUGAAUGAAUUCAAGCAGCUUAGCAAGGAGAAGUGGACAAACAUCGAGCUCAUCAACGACAACGUCUUCGAGUGGAGCGUAGCGCUCAUCGUGCUGAACGAGGACUCCCUCUACUACGGCGGCUACUUUAAGGCCAAGAUGACCUUCCCCCGCAACUAUCCCCACUCCCCGCCCGACUUCAAAUUCAUCCGCCCCCUCUACCACCCCAACAUCUACCCCGACGGCCGCCUGUGCAUCUCCAUCCUCCACCCCCCGGGCGACGACGAAAUGUCGGGCGAAACCGCCGCGGAGCGCUGGUCGCCCGUGCAGCGUGUGGAAACCGUGCUGAUCUCGAUCCUCUCCCUCCUCGACGAUGCGGAAGUCUCGUCGCCCGCCAAUGUCGACGCAGGCGUGAUGCUGCGCAACAAGCCCGACGAGUACAAAGGCCUGGUCAACAAGGAUCUCGAGCUGUCGAAGCAGGAUAUCCCCGCGGGUUUUGUGAUGCCGACGCACGAGACGGCGUGGCGGAAGGAGAAGGACGAUGCGGACUUUGAGAUGAGUUGGGAGGACAGUGAUGUGGAGAGCUUUGGGGGGAGUGAGAGUGAUCUGGAGGAGGAUGGGGAGAUGGACUCGGAUAUGGGGGAUGAGGACGAGGAAGAAGAAGAAGAUGACGAGGAUAAAUGA